GUGGUGUCGUCCCGCGUGCGGCGACGGCGACGAUACCCGAUACCGGAUACCUCCGCCUCGAGCUCCGGCUCCGAUUCGUUGGAUUCGCCGAGCAUUGUGUAGGGAAGCCGAUUGAAAGGGAAAUUCAAUCUGCCGUUCGCAAAAGAGUCAAAUAGUCGACACUUUUCAGCGUACGUCGACGAGCGAGCGAGCGAGCGGGAUUCGCCGACAAUGGAUCCGGGCUUCCAAAGGAGAAAGAGGAAGGAGAGGCUGUACGACAAGAUGCACAGGGGCGCCGUGAAAGUCUGCAUGGGGGUGACGGUAAUCGCCGGCCUCCUCAUCGGCUACAAGGCGUACGAAUACUUUCGAUACAUUCGUCCCUUGCAACUAGCGCAGAGCAAACUCACCACGGACGAGCUUUUGGUUGAGGGUAGGAACAUAGAAGAAUCUCCGGACAUAAAAUUGUCGACGUAGGGCAGACCGUCGUGCGGUCGAGAUACAUCUGUAAGCAAUUCUUUUAAUGUAUGGGCAAGGGAAGUGGAAAAACAUCGAAUGACAGUCGACGCGGAGCAGUGUAUUCGAGAGAAUCAGAAUAUAUUUAUAACUCGAAUAAUUAUCAACUGUUAAUGAACCUGUGUACAUAUAUAUAUAUAGUCAAUGUAAAAAUUAAAAUUAUGCUCAUCAUUUGUAAAUAAACUUCAUAGUUUUAUUGUUUUCUGUAAUAAAUAUAGUCUUAAACAUUU